AUGUCCGUUACGAACGAUCCCGACUGGUCUGACCUUGGGGCAUACCUCGAGAACCUGACCAGAGGGAUGGAACGGAUAAAUAGGGCAUCCAUCAACCUCAAAAAGAUGGGUCGAGCCAAAUAUACCCAGAAAAUUCUGGAAGAAAGGCUCGAUUACGUUAAAACUCUGUGGCAACAGAUGAACGAUCAGUAUAUGGUCGUGUGUAGGCUUCUCCCUCCUGGGAAACGACACGAUUACGAGUUGUUCCAACGGGAUUUCAUGGGGGAAACCGAAAACGAGUUUCUGGAGUUCCAGGCCUAUGUGGCCGCGGAAAUAACCCGACUCACCACAGGUCCAAGAACGGUGAUGUCGGAAAUCCAGCAAACAAUACCGAUCGAACUCCCGAAGAUGAGGUUGGAGAAAUUCGACGGGGAUCCUUCGAAAUGGGAACAUUUCGAGGACCUAUUUACCGCCGGAGUAAUAAACAACCCCACGUUAACGGAUGUGCAAAGGUUACAAUACCUAAACACCUGUAUAACCGGGAGAGCCGCAGCCGCUAUCGCAUCUCUUGCGAUAACGGAUUCAAAUUUCUCAGUAGCGUGGUCGACCCUGAAAGCAGAAUUCGGGCUCCCACGCUUGGUACUGAUCAAGCUACUUGAUCGGAUUCUGAGAUUGACAAAAAUCCGAAAGGGCGACCUGUCGAGUGUUCAGCAGGUUACCAUAGGCUUUCGGCAAGCACUCGCUAUCCUUGCUAAAAAAGGAAAAGCGGAAGAGCAGCUUAGUUGGCUGCUCACGCAUAUUGUAGCGAGCCAAUUCGAUGCCGCGUUGCAAGGGGAAUGGGAACGAUCCCUCAAAAUGUCAACGGAAUAUCCGAUGAUAGAGGAGAUAUUCAGAUUCCUCGAUCAGGAGGCGCGGGCUAUGUCCGUAAUUGACGAACAUAACCGCAAAAUUGCCUCAAAACAGGAACAGAAGCCACGAGUACGGAGUCAUAACACCGUCGUGGAUUCCCCCCCUGCGCAGCGAAAGUGCACGAUUUGCGGACAAACGCAUGCACUCUCGGAAUGCGGCACAUUUAAGCGUUUCUCCGCACUGGUACGUUACCAGAUCAUAAAGGACAGUCAGGGAUGUAUAGCCUGUCUGGCCCUGGAUCACGACGUAAGAAGCUGCCGGAGCCAACAAGGUUGUUCGAGAUGCAGUGGCAGGCAUCACAUCCUGUUGCAUUUCGAACAACGCGAAAAAGAGGCGGAAAGCCAAAAGCCGAAAUCGAAAUAUUCGAACGGCAAGCGCGAGGAACGGCGAGAUAACGCCCCUCCACAGCGCCGUACGGCUAAGGCGAAAGCCGGCACCGAUACCUCGAACGCGCAAGCAGCUACGUCACGGGCCACUACGUCACACUGUACAGCAAGUACAGACGUACCGAGGCCGGUGCUAUUAGCAACCGCGAUCGUACGAGUGUACGGAGAAAACGGUGCGUCGCGUUUAACGCGCGCGCUGUUAGAUCAAGGGUCCGAAACAUCCUUCAUCUCGGCGAAAUUGAGGAAUGACCUCAACCUCCCGAGGAAGAAAACCUCAGCCACGGUAUCGGGCUUGGGGGGUGGUCGGACCCAAAAAAUCAAGUACAGCGUAGGGCUGAAUUUGGGAACGGCUUCCGGGGUAACUCCUGUGGUUUCGGCGAGAGCGUACGUCGUGACAAAAAUCACGAGUUAUGCCUCGCCAUCUGUAAACGCGCUCGAUAACGACGCGUUGCGAAACCUGAAGCUCGCCGAUCCCGAGCCCGCGUCUGGCCAAAACAUUGAAGUUUUGAUCGGCGCAGAUUUGUACGCUCAAGUUAUUCGGUCGGGAUUCCGUCGAAUAUCUCCCGAAGGGCCUAUUGCACAAGAAACUGCAUUUGGCUGGAUAUUAUCCGGACCGAUAGAUGCAGCGAGCAAGGCCCAGGGUCACGUGCGAACGUUGCAUUGCAACAUAUUCGAAUCGCUGGAUCACGCGAUUCGACGGUUCUGGGAAAUUGAAGAAAUUCCCUCGACCUCGGUGCUUACAAAAGCAGAGGAAGAGUGCGAAGCUCAUUUCCAAAAAACUGUCGCACGGGAUGCAACGGGAAGAUUUAUUGUCCGAUUGCCGUUUAAUCAUCCGAAACCGGAAGGUGCAUUGGGAGAUUCACUCCGUAUCGCCCUCUCCGCAUUGACAAGGUUGAGAAGGAAAUUGGACAAGGAUCAGACCCUCGUACGAGAAUAUCAAGAAUUUCUCACGGAGUAUGAGUCGUUGGAACACAUGACUCGUAUCGAGCCCUCUGAAAAAUCCAGACUCUACAUUCCGCAUCGAGCGGUCAUCCGUACGGAGAGUGCAACUACCAAACUGCGAGUCGUGUUUAAUGCGACGAGCCGUACGGUGGGUGGAAACUCCCUAAACGACAUCCUACACGUAGGGCCGAAAUUGCAGAACGACAUCACGUCCGUUUUGACGAGAUGGAGGCUGUACGAAUACGUGUUGGUGGCCGAUAUCGAGAAAAUGUUCCGACAAAUUCUCGUCGCCCCGCAGGAUCGUCGAUUUCAGUGCAUCUUAUGGCGCACGCCCGAAACCGAAGGGCUUCAAGCCUUCGAAUUAAACACCGUUACGUACGGAACGGCGUGUGCACCAUAUUUAUCGAUGCGUACUCUUCUCGAGCUGAAAAAACGGGACGGUGACAGAUUUCCUCUCGCCGCUCCGAUACUCGAGAAAGACAUAUACGUUGAUGACGUAUUUAUGGGGGCACCCGAUACGACCCUAUUGGAAAAAAUUCGUAUUCAAGUUUGCGAACUCCUACAGGGCGGCGGGUUUAAAUUGAGAAAGUGGGCUGGCAAUUCACAGAAAUUACUGCGAAACAUCCCACAAAGUUCUCACUCCCACGCUGUCGAUCUCACCUUAUUCGAUGACACCGAACUCAAGGUGCUCGGAUUGCGAUGGAUACCAUCGGGUGAUUACUUCUAUUUCAACCUGCAACGGUUUCAACCGGCUGCAGGUCCGAUUACAAAACGAACUUUGUUUUCCGAAAUAGCCAAACUUUACGAUCCGCUCGGCUGGUUAUCACCAGUCGUAAUUCGGGCGAAGAUUUUGAUGCAAUCCCAAUGGCUGGAAAAAAUCCAGUGGGACGAUCAUGUCUCCGCGAAUACGUUAAAAACGUGGAACACGUUUUGCGAGGAUUGGAGCAGUUUGGAAAAAGUAAAAUUUCCCAGAUGGAUCCGUUACGGAGCAGACACAGUUUCGGUGGAAUUACACGGAUUCUGCGAUGCUUCGCUCGGAGCGUACUCGGCCGUUACGUAUUUACGCGUAACGACCAUGACCGAGGAAGUUUACACAACCUUGAUCAUGGCAAAAACGAGGGUGGCUCCUAUAAAAACGCAGUCGAUUCCGAUUCUCGAAUUGAAUGGAGCUGUACUGCUUACCGAGCUUAUAGUGCACGUGGGACGGUCACUUUCCAUAAAAAUUGACCGCAUAAUCUGUUGGUCAGAUUCCACUAUUACACUUGCUUGGUUGAAAAAACAUGCUUCGACUUGGAAGGUUGUGAUAGCCAACCGAGUAUCAAAAAUCCAAACCUUGCUUCCGAAGGCUGAAUGGAGACACGUUCCCACCCGCUUCAAUCCCGCGGAUUUGAAUUCGCGCGGUGUCGAAGCAGCGGAACUCAUUCAGUCGAAGCUAUGGAUUUCUGGACCAGCAUGGUUGAGACAAUCUGAAGAAAAUUGGCCGAAAACGCCUGAUUCCAUCGAUACGAGCGAGGGCAAGCGCAUUCCGCACGCCCACGUUGCAACUCCAGAGAAAGAAUGGGAAUUCGUGUUUCGAUUCUCAACCUGGAGUAAGCUACUUCGCGUAACUGCAUAUUGUCUCCGAUUACGAAGACCGAUGCAAGGUGAGCGAAGGUCGUUCGAUGCAAACAUUGUCGAAGCUUCAGAAUUGCAGCUCGCCAAGGAAAGAAUCGUCCGCUACAUACAGCGAACGCACUUCGCGGGCGAGUACCAGUGCUUAAAAAAGCGCAGGGAAAUUCCCGCGAAAUCUCCAUUAAAACGUCUGAACCCGUUCCUAGACGCCCACGAUGUCUUAAGGGUAGGUGGACGAUUGGAGAAUGCGACGCUGGCAUGGGAAGCGAAGCACCCCAUAAUUUUGCCAAAACAUCAUGUGUCCACCAUGAUAAUCCGGCAGUGCCACGUAAAUACGUUGCAUGGGGGCUUGCAGCUGACGAUAUCCAUGGUAAAACAGCAAUUUUGGAUCCUCGGUUGCAGAACCACGGCUCGAAAGGUCAUUCAUCAAUGCAUGAAAUGCGUGAGAUGGAGGGCACAAACCUCCACGCAGAUCAUGCAGGAUUUGACCUUGGAACGAAGUCGUCCAGCCCGGGCUUUUCUAAACUGCGGAGUUGAUUAUGCGGGACCGUACAAAGUCCGCGACUCCGCGGGCCGAGGAAAAACAGCUCAUAAAGCGUACAUAGCGGUUUUUGUCUGCUUCGCUACAAGGGCUAUACACAUUGAACUCGUCCACGAUUACACGACGAGUGCAUUUUUGGCUGCAUUGGAGCGAUUCAUUGCCCGACGAGGAAUCCCGUCCUGCAUACGCAGUGACAACGGGACAAAUUUCGUCGGUGCAGAUCGUGAAUUAAGAAAACAUUUCAAUAUGGUGUGUAAAACGCCGGAAAUGCGAAACGAAUGUGGCCAGAAGGGCAUUCGGUGGAAAUUUAAUCCACCCAGUGCCCCCCAUUUUGGUGGGAUGCAGGAAGCUGGUGUCAAAUCAGUGAAGCAUCAUUUGAAGCGCAUCAUAGGAGAAUUCACUCCCACGAGCGAAGAAUUACAGACGUUACUCUGUAAAAUCGAAGCCAGUUUAAACUCGCGACCGAUUGCCGCUCUGAGUGACAGCCCAGAUGAUUACGCGCCUCUCACACCGGCCCACUUCCUAAUCGGAGGGCCCACGUUGGCACCCCCAAUGCAAUCCGUGGAAAAUGCAAAUAUUUCGCAUCUUACAAGAUGGAGAGCAAUGCAAAAAUUCCACGAGCAGCUCUGGAGACACUGGACGAGAGAUUAUCUCACGCAUCUCCAGAACCGCUACAAAUGGCAGACGGAAAAUACACGCCUAAAAAAGAACGAUCUUGUUCUGGUACAGAAUCCUCUCCUCCCCCCAAAUCAGUGGGAAAUGGGAAGAAUAGAGGAAGUAUUUCCGGGAAAGGAUGGGCAUGUACGUGUAGUGAAAGUACGUACAGCCAAAUCCACAUAUACACGACCAAUUACGCGAUUGUGUAAACUGCCUGUGGCUGAGUUUUCGUUUGAGUCACCUUCGGCAACGGUUCCCGAAGCCGAACAGGUGAUCUAA